CUGGACCACUGCCGGCAACGAAAGGUCUGCGCCAACCACGCGGAUGAGUUGGCUCCGCUCGGAUAUCCACGCUGGACAUUCCAUCAGUGUGUGGUCAGCGGUGUCUUCCACGCGACUGCAGUGGUGACACGUCGCUGUCGGCUCUCUCCCGACUAUAUGGCACAAAUACCUCCCGAAGCAACCGUGCCCCGAGAGGAUCUGCACCAGCCGGAAGGUUAA